AUGACAUACAAUGGGAGGGCUAAUGAAGCCUUGGAGCAUGCGCUGAAGAAGGCUCAUGAGAAGUGUGCUGGAAGUCUGGGGAGGUACAUCUCGUUCGAUAUCCAGAAUUCAGGGAUUCGCAAGGUUACGUUGGAGGAGCUCCUCGAGUACUGCAACAAGUGGUAUGACAAGGAGAUUGAUAAAUUUGAGGAUGCCUGGAAGCCGGAGAUAGGCCCCCACAAGGACAGUGGCGGGAGGGGAUACUCUGAAGAGGAAGAAGUGUGGGGUGAGUACUACAUUCGGGCUGAGCUGGACCAUGGGCUGACUAUCACUAAUGGCAACGUCGUAUGGUACUGUAUGCAGAUAUGGCCGGAUGCUGUGAUCGAUAAGCUGGGGACGAGAUGGAGGCCUAGGUCUAAUGCAGUGGCUCGCGGGAAAACCCAUGACCAUAAGACUCAAGGGGAGAAGGGAGGGGUCUAUGUUGCUGACGAAGGCCACAAUGCGGUGGCCUGUAUUGGAUCACCGAUGCUGUGCCGAGCUGUGAUGCCCAUAUUGGCUGCGAUGGCAGCCGGUAUACCCGAUGCCAAGAUGGUAGCUAGCUGUGCUCCGGAGUUCGACAUCUUUUGGGAGUAUGUUGGCUGGAAUAAGCAUAUGCCGCCACCGGAGGCCCCUCCAGGCAAAUCCGAUGGCACUGGGAGAUGGCGGAAUUCGAGAGCGUAUGAUCAAGAGAACAACGAGGACGACACGUUCAUGGCUACACUGUUCAUGCAGGAGAAUGAUGCCUUGCUAGAGCAGCUGUGGUGCAGCGUAGGAGAGUAUAACCGUACCGCUGGGCAUUGGACGGGUGGCAACUGCAACCCUGGGGUGUCUUGGAGUCGAGAUGACUUCGUGGACCAGCUCAUGCUAUGGUGGCCCUUUGCCCUUAUAGAGGAGGUAGGAAGGUUCCGGUACCGUCCAGAGUUUAUGGACAAGGGUGGAGUAUACCUAGACCUGGGAGGGUACUAUACCUGUGUGCAGACGAAGGAAGCCUGGGCUCAGGCUAUGAUGUGUAUGCUUAGUUCGAUAAUGUGUGGUAUACCAUCGGAAAUAGCAGCUCUUCUACCAGCUUGCGACCCCUUCUGGGACCUGGUCGUCGACAUUAAGGGGCCAGAGGCUGUGAGAGCCCAGCGGGAGGCAAUCAGGGAUGCCCGUGAUAGCCGCUUCGGCGAGGCUUGGCAGAGACAGCGUUUCUUCAAGCUCUACGGCAGUACGUGUGAAUUCAGACCUUCUGUGUGGCUACCCAAGUUUGUGGUGACAGGCAACCUGUGUGGCGUGCGCGGCGGUUAG